CGGAGUGUCGUCUACUACCGUGGCUGCGCUGUUUGGAAGAAGCACUACACUUUCUCAACAUUUCGGUAUGCAACGCCCCAAAACUACGAGAGGGAAAACACAAUAAGCUGUUGCUAUCGCCGCCCUUUCGUUGUGACUAAUAGAUGAAAUAUCAACCCAAACGUGUUUUUUUUUUAAAACCGUAUUUUCCCCCAAACUGAGGGGGGUUUCUUAUCACAAAAGGCCGUCACUGGAGACACACGACUCGCCGGAGAAGCUGCCCGUGUGGCUGGAGAAAGGACUCAAACAUAUCGACCUCAGUAGCCUCUAGGCUUUCGGGUCCGUAGCGUAUACUUGACGGCUGUUUGGAAAAAGCUAUUAUCGGUUAUGAGAAACACGGAGCAGCGAGGACCGUGAUUUCCUUCCCCGCUUUGCCAUGCACGGAGCUCGGAUGUCCGCAGAAGAAUGUGUCGGUCUCUCCCGGCGUUAGCUCCGCUGUGGCUCCAUGGCCAACAGUAACAACAUGCUCCUGGCCUCUGCCGUGGUGGUGUGGGAAUGGCUGAACGAACACGGCCGGUGGAGGCCUUACAGCCCCGCCGUCUCCCACCAGAUAGAGGCGGCCAUCCGGAGCAGCGACCCCCGCGGAGGGAGCGUAGUCCUCGGCCAGGUGGACAGCCGGCUCUCGCCCUACAUCAUAGAUCUCCAGUCCAUGCACCAGUUCAGACAGGACACAGGAACCAUCCGUCCGGUGCGAAGGACUUUUUACGACCCAACCUCGGCCCCGGGUCAGGGCUGGCAGUGGGAGUGGGAGAAUGAUGCGGGUUCGUGGACGCCCUAUGACAUGGAGGUGGCCAUCGCGAUCGAGAGUGCCCACAACCGCCAGCAGCCCUGUCUUGACCUGACCCCACUCGGCUUCUGCUACCUCAUUGAUUUUCAGAACCUGACACAGGUUAACAGACAGAGCCAGAGGUGUCGCAGGCUGCAGAGACGAGCAGACGUAGCCUACCCUUUAGUGUCUGGUCCUCUCCCGCUGCCUAAAGGAGGAGUUGUAGGAGGAGGCGGAGGUCUAACAGGAGCCCUGCUGGGUGUCGGGGUGUCAGGGUCCAGUAUGGGGAUUGGAAACUCUCUCUACUCCAAUGGGGGCUUACCAGCUACUGGACUAGGCCAGCCUUGUUCCUGCCAGCAGUGCAUGCUGGUCCUUAGUGUGAAGGCCAACACAGGUGGUGUAGGGGGAGGAGGCGCAGGUAUUCAGACCCUAGGUAGAAGAUCUUUAACCAUGCAGCGACCGAAGACCACUGCAUCUUUCUCCUCCAAACCUCUGAGUCCGUCGAAAUCCGCCACUCUUGGACGAGGACAGCAGCAGAACUCCAACUCCAACUCCAACUACUACCAGACGCUGCCGCACGGACUCGCCAUCUCCAGAAAUAUUGCCUCCCCGAGAAGGAACGCCCAGCUCUUCGCUCAGUCACUCGCUGCUCUCACGGCUGGCACUUCCACUCUCGGCAUCUCCUCGUCUUCCAACAGGCCGCCGCCACCGUCCUUCCCCCCUCCUCAGCCUCCGUCAUCGAACCCAAGCCAGAACCCUCCGUCCAUCCCGCCGAAACUCUCCUCAUCUUCAGCAAGCGACCCGGUGCCGACCGCUACAUUAGUAACCCCAGCAAACAGUGUGACCACGCCCCCCUCGCCCGUGCCCUCUCCCUCGCCGAUGGUGAUGAAGCCACAGCGCAGCGUGUCUUCCGCGGCAACAGUGUGCCAUGCCCCAUUGCCACAGAGGUCAAGUUUAGCCGGGCUGAGCAGACCAGCGUUACAGAGGAUAGCGAUGGCUCAGUCCAGGGCGCUCAUAGCAUCUGGCGUGCCCACCGUCCCAGUGAAGAACCUCAAUGGAUCCAGUCCUGUUCACCCUGCACUGGCUGGGAUCACAGGUAUCCUGAUGAGUGCUGCUGCUCUGCCGGUGUGUCUGACCCGGCCUCCUAAACUCGUGCUGCACCCUCCGCCAGUCAGCAAAAGCGACAUCAAACCCGUGCCAGGCUUUGGUCACUGCUGCAGGAAGACCACCAAGAAGCAGGCUCGCAAGGGUAAAACUCCAGAGGAGGUGGUAAAGAAGUAUCUGCAGAAAGUAAAAAGUCCACCAGAGGAGGACUGUACAAUCUGCAUGGAGCCGUUGGGGGGUCCGUCUGGAUAUAAGGGUCCAGGGGUGGGGCCUGUGUCUCGGGCAGAGUCAGUCGGCCGUCUAGCGCAGUGUGGACACCAGUACCAUUUCCAGUGCCUGGUGGCCAUGUAUAAUAAUGGCAACAAGGACGGAAGUCUUCAGUGUCCAACCUGUAAAACCAUCUACGGCGUGAAGACGGGCAACCAGCCGGCAGGGAAGAUGGAGUACCAUGUCAUCCCUCACUCUCUCCCUGGACAUCCCGACUGCAAAAGCGUACGGAUCAUCUACAACAUACCACCAGGCAUUCAGGGACCAGAGCAUCCCAACCCAGGGAAGCCCUUCACUGCCAGAGGCUUUCCCCGACACUGCUACCUCCCAGACAGCGAGAAAGGACGCAAGGUACUGAGACUGCUCCUGGUAGCAUGGGACCGCAGGUUGAUCUUCUCGGUUGGUACUUCGAGCACUACGGGAGAGUCCGACACCGUCAUCUGGAACGAGGUCCACCAUAAGACGGAGUUCGGCUCCAACCUGACGGGCCACGGUUUUCCAGACCCCGGACACCUGGACAAUGUCCUGGAGGAGCUCCGUGCUCAGGGCAUCACAGAGGAUGACGCAAUGAUGGAAAAGUGAAAGGAUGAGUUAGAGAGAACGAGGAUACAUCCGCCUGAGAGGAAAAACAGAAGAAACUAAGACGGCGAGAAUUAAAGUAACAGCAGAAGCAGCCGAGGGAAGAAAAGAGGAAGAGGUCCUGGACUGAGACAGACUCUCUCUGCCAGCACUUAAACAGAAGGGGGGGAUGCGGGGGGUUGUAGAAGAUUGAUUUUGUUUUUGCAGAGGUAACUACUUUUCAAGAUGUCGAUCGUGUCACUGCUGACAAUGUGAGUCGAUCCAAACAGCAAAAAGAAAUGGAGGGGGGGGGAUGGGGGUUAAAGGGAGCUGCAGCACAGACAGGAAAGCAACAAAGAGGAAGAGGGUCACACUCAUGGUUUUAGCCUCUAGAGAUAGGUACUUAACAUGGAGAAGUGUGAAUGAAACGGUACUAACAUCAGGACAAAAAAACAAGUUUACUUUACUGAGAGAAAGAGAAACCAAGAAAAGAUGGCAAAAUGUUAGAGCAGUUCAAGGAAAACUGAGAGAGAGGGGACAAAGAGAGAGAGCAGUCAGAGCAAAUGGGGAGUGAGGAGGAGGGGGGAAGGAGAGAAGGAUUGAUGUAGCAGAAAGAUGGAAAAGAUGGUGCAUGAAUGUAGCGUAGGAUAUGAGUAGGGUAAAAAUUAACUUGUACGGUACUUUAGAGAUCGCUGUUAACACAAAGAGACGGUCUGUGUGUGCUUUGAAACCACCUGCCUGCAUGUGGUUGGACUGUGGUGCUGUUGCUCCCUCUUGUGGUGAAACUGCAGGAACUGCAUUUUUGUCUGGAAGCUACUGCAACAAAUCCAAAUGUUACUAUGAGUUUUAUCUACCUUUUGUUACUUUUUUUUUCAUCACUGUUACUAUAACCCUCAUGUAACAUCAUUCCAUACUUUACCUCUUACUUUUGACUCGAUGGGUUUUUUUUAUACGACCUGCAUAUGUGACAUGACAAAAGACCAAACGAAGGCUGAGUCACUUUGGGCCUAUUUGGAGUCUUACUUUUGAGCCACUGCGGUACAAGUUAACCAUAGAUACACACAGGUACCAGUAUUUACUGAUAUAUCUGUCUUUUAUUUUUAUUCUUUUGACGGUUCACAUGUAUAUCAUUGCUGUUGUGUUCCCCCCUAACAGGGAGACACCGAUAUGAAAAAAUUAGCUGACAUUUGAGGGGGGUUUGAUACUGGAGCAAGAGACCUUAAGAUUGGGCAGAGUGUUGGGAGUCAGGGGAAUGGAGAGGACAGGAGGUAAUACAUUAACUACUGAGACAACGCAGUGUUUAAACGAGCAAUGAUACAAUCCUGCUUUUACCAUCAUUAAUACUGCACCACCAUUCAUCAAGAUUACAAAUCCAGACCCUUAAAUAUCCAAGGAACCUGCCACCAGUCAUAUUCUGGUGAAAUACAACGCUUAAAAAAGACAUCAAAUGAUGGUCCCAUGUCUAUGCCACAGAAGAAAAGCUUCUUUCUUUUUUUUACUUUGACUGGAUACAAAAAGUGUUUGAUGCUGUUUUGGGAAAUCUCCUGACGAGCUAUUUCCUCAUCCUGUUGACAUCAGUUAAGACUUUUAUAAACCUGCAUUGUGAAGUAGGUCUUUCUGGCAUCUUUUUUAAAAUAUGUACAAUCAAAUCUGAGCCACAGUUCUUCAUGUUUUGCAUCAUAAUGCUGUAUUCUGAUUCUAGAUGAUCAGUGGCUAUAUGAAGUGAAAGUGCCACUCACUGGAGACAGAUGAACAUGUGCUCCACACCUGAGAGAAAACACUUGUAGUUUUUGUCUAUCACAGUAAUCCUGUUGGAUGAGACCAGCUAACAGGUUAUCA